AUGGGGCCAUAUAAGUACCACAGACAACAUGCAAACUUGGCAGGCACACUAAGUGGUCAUGGAUCCUGGGUAUUAAAUGUGGCAUUUUGUCCAGAUGAUACUCAUUUUGUUUCCAGUUCAUCUGACAAAAGUGUAAAAGUUUGGGAUGCUGGAACAAGGACCUGUGUUCAUACCUUCUUUGAUCAUCAGGAUCAGGUCUGGGGAGUGAAAUACAAUGGAAAUGGUUCCAAAAUUGUAUCUGUUGGAGACGACCAGGAAAUUCAUAUCUAUGACUGUCCAAUUUAAAUAUGCCGAGUCAGGUGUAUUGGUUAAUUAUGUAUGUACAGGUUUUCAGGAUUACUACACUUACUUAAAGAUGCUUCUGAUUAUUUUGUUAAUGUGAUAAUGCAUUUUAACAAUGCUGAGCUGAAUCUUGGACUCUAUUGAUACAAUAGAAAAAUCAAAAUAUACAUAAGGUUUAUAUGUAUCUUUAUCACUUUACGUUUGGCAUGAAAGAACUCUACAUUUUAAAAUAGAAGUUACUAUUGUAGUUGCAUAUAACUUUACUGCUUUCUCUUAAGCAGUCUCUGGAACAGUAUGUAUUUGGAAAUAUGUACCCAUGUGAAGUAACUGCUUACUUAAGCUACCUCCAUAUUUUUCUCUCUGGAACUAUAUAAAUAGAUUUGAAUCUGAAAUUGUUGAUUGGCUCUGGCUGAGGCUUAAUUUAGGAAACAUUACUGGCUCUUAAACCAUGUCUACGUGUCAGACAUGGCAACCAGCAUGCUGGUGCUAAACACUUGUCCUGGUGAUGUGGGACAGGGUCAUUUAAGUUGAACAUACUCUAGCACCUGUGCUCAAGGCACAUGGUUCACUAGUCAUGGUGUAUCAACUUUAAAUUAAAAAAAAACCAAAACACCCCAAACUUAAGUUUAGAUUCUCUCUUUACUGGAUGUGUAUUAGCUGUAAACAUUUUAACCCAUUUCCUAGCCUGGUGUCCUGACUGUGAACUGAUUCUUGCGGGGUGGGGAAUUCAAUGUGAUACAUGGAAAAAUAUUUCCUCAGUGUUCCAGUUAAAAUUCAACAUUUUUUUUUUAAAUCCAUAAAACCAAAGCAAGCUGUGGAGGGGAAGUUUCCUUUCAUGUCACUGCUUAGAUGACCUGUUUCAGGGAGCUCUUUAAAUACAGUCUCAUUGUAGGGCAUAUGGUAGGUAAGCCAUUGAUGCAGAACCUCUGGAUUAUUUCAGCUUCAAAUUUCCCUCCUGCUUUAGGUUUUACUAGAGUUUUUUCAAUUCUAUCUCAAUGCAGAACAGUUGUAUACAAAGUGUACCAUUUCUUGCUUUCUAAGGUUGAUGCUACCAUUUGCUACUUCUAUAAGAUAAAAGCUUAAUUUCA